CAUUAUCGUGUGCUCCAAUUUCCUGGCCGACUUGUACAUCCUUUCCAUUACACUGAUCGAGAAUCGCAAUUUCAGAGAAAUGACACCGAAUGGCUUAUAUAGCCCGGGGAACCCUUACCCCCACCCCCAUGCUCCAGCAUCUUCCCCGGACUGUAUCGCUGUCCAUCGUUCCCCCAUAACUACAACAACAAUCAACCAACAAUGCACUUUCCCGCAGCCAUCCUGACUCUCCUACCCACCCUUCUCAUUCCACCCUACACACUUGCCCUCCCCAACCCUCCGAACCCCAGCCCUCCAGGCCCGAACCCUAACACUCCCAACGAACCCCUCCCCGGAAACGCAGAAACCUUCACCCUGAUCACCUCCCUCCUGACCACCGGCCUCAGCGCCAUCAAGCUCGACGAAGCCGUCAAAUCCUUCACCGGCGAAAAUGUAGACGAGGUCCGAACGCGCUCCUCCGAGCUAGAGAACAAUCUCACCCAGGCGACAUCAACCGCCACAUCCACCGGCGAGCUCGACGACUUCAGCAGCAAGAAGAUUGCGGAUAUCUGUGUGCCCCUCAAGCCGGUGUUUUCGGAGAUGUUGAAGGAUAUUAGUGACAAGGUCUGCAGAUAUCUUCACAGUUUGGUAUGGGGAUAGGGCUGAUUGACUUUGGGUGCAGAGGAGGGAGUUCUUCGAGGCGGAUUAUGAUCAGGAUAUGCUGCAGACGCUGCAGAGGCUGAGGCCUCUCAGUCGGGGGCUGGCGGAGGCAUUGAAGGCUAUUACGACGGAGGGUGAUGGGGCGUUUAUUAUGUUUUUGGAGGAUCUGAUUGAUGUGCAGUUUGCGUUGACGAUUGUGGAGUAUGAGAUGAAUAAGGGGUGGUAGAGUGUGGUUCGGUUUGGGAUUGGGGUGGUUGGAUGUGAUAUGGGGUCGAUGGAUAGGCCCUUCUUUUCUGGGGGUUUUUUCCUAAAAAAAAAGCAGAUAUAUCGGUAUCAAGGUUAGCUGGACAUUGCCUUUCGAUUCGCAUGUUUGACG